UAAAUAGAGAUGAUGAUAUUUAUGUAUCAAACGGCGUAUAUACAUAUCGACUUAUCAACAGUCGCGUCUCCUCGGUUCCACAUUAGAAAUCUUGGGUUUGCUUCUUAUUCCCCAUUUCCUCUCUGCCGAGAAACAACUCACCGCCGUUGUGUAUCUUCCCCCUUUUCUUAGAAUUGUCAAGCAUAAACUGGUCGAAUCCCCCCUUUUCUCUUCCUAUCCACCGGGAAUUCGUAAAGUCGAUGGCGGAUUAGAUCUUCCCAACCGUCUCAUUGCCUUUGGGGAAGAACCUUUGGGGGAAAGGGUAAAUAUCUACAAUAAAAUGAAGACCCUUUCCAUGAUUUUCGAUGCUUUUGAUGAAGAAGAGGGAGAUUGGUUAAGUAAAACGUCGCUUGGGAGUUUGUUAGAGUUCCCAAAUAAGCCGGCGUGGUCCGCGUCCUUUGGUUUAUUCCUCCUUUCCCGGCAGCUUGAGGUUUGCAAACCGUACGAACUGUGGGUGAUAUUUGGUGGAACCCCGUGCGAUUCUCCAUUCGAGAGUUCAAGAUUGUUACUGGUUUGCCUUGCGUCCGGUUUCCAAAUAUGCAGAAGAGGAAGUGGAAAGGCACCGCCGGGAAAAAAUCCCCUUUUACUGUAUGCUUUUUGGGUUGGAAGAGGAUGUAACCGUUGACAGGGUCAUCACUAUACUGAAGAACAAAAUUGUGGAGGAUAAAGACAUGCGGCGAAUAUAUGUUUAUUUGGCUCUAGUUGAUGGGUUCCUGGUCCCCACAUCUCACUAUCCCAAAAUCGUGAAGGAGCACGUUGAAAUAGCUGAGGAUAUUAAUUUUUUGCUUUCUUAUCCUUGGUGCCGUUUAUCGUUCGGGAUGAUGAUGAAGUCUAUUAAAGAGAGAGAUGUUCAGCAAUUGGCUACAACUUGUGUUACUGUGCAAGGUCUCUUAUACACUUUACAGCUAGUGAUUCUCCAAGCAGCUCCGGCCAUUCAAGAAGGAUCCCCGUCUGAGGAGCCCGAUUGUAGCGAUUCCGAUGGAGUACCGGUGCCCGAUGUCGGCGCCGUUCCUCUGUACCUUUGAAGAUAGCCAACGUAAAACGUCUAGAUGGCAAUUGCGAGUUACUUGUCGACCCGAUAAUAUGCCCUGAUCUAGAGUUGGAGCCUGAGGAGGAUUUAACUUGGGAAGAUGAUUCGGAAGACCCGGCAGUUGAUAACGUUGUCUCUCUUGCGGCAAAGGGCUUUUUAUUCAGUAACGAUAUGUUUAUCGGUGGUUGUAUACCAUCUCAGCUUGAGCUGGCCCCGAAGAAGCAGAAAAGGGGUGUUAAGGCUAAAAUUAUCCGUGCGUGGAAGGGUCAGAUUGCUCCACCUAGCCAACCUGCGCACAGUACUAUUCAACAUUCCUCUUCGGGAGAAGCCAUUGGCCCUAACUGGAACAUGCAACCUUGCAACCCUGUCACACUUGUUGGAUUCAAAACUUGGUGCUAUGGAGGACUGUAUCAUCAAAGGUGUUACAGAUUGGAUUUUAAAAAAUCCAAAUACAUUGGCGGAAUCUGCUAGAAGUUUGGAUACAGAUGGAGCUGCCGAGAAGCAAGCCACUGUGCCUCCUCCACCUGCCUCUUCACUGAAUGGCCUUAAUGCUUCACAACCCGCAGUGGAUGCUCAGAACGUUCUUGAUCCUGACAUUGUUGACAACUCCAUUAUGGAGAUUCUUUUGUGCUAUACUUCCAACCCAACUAAGGUCACCGGGAGUAGGACGGAGGUUUUGCCUCGAUCAUUAUCUAAUAUUCGGGAUCCUUUCGCUGAGCAUGUUCGAUUCACGGUGUCAGUUGGGGUAGUUGUUGCUGCUGCCGCUGAAGGGACUGCUGCUGCCACUGAAGGGACUGCUGCUGCUACUGAAGGGACUGCUGAUGGCAGCACUGAAAAUCGAUUAGCUGGUGACACUGUCAGCCAAGAGUCUCAUGAUUUGGUAUCUGAUGGAUCUGAUGAAGUAGCGCACGGUGCCAACAAUUCCGGUGAUAGUGACAAUGGAAAGUCACCGGGCAGUACAGCUGAUUAGACACCGGCACAUGACCCCUCUGGAAAAAUCUUGGACCAGACAGCAUGCCAUAACAUGGAACCAUCUACAGCUAUUGUGAAGAACCUCUUCACUUAGGUAACUGGUUUCCGGACUAUGUCUAUGAAUCGCCGAUGCUAGAUACAAGUGAUGGUUUUGAUUCUUUUAUUCCCGGAGAAGUUGAAUGUAUAUAUGAGACAGAAAUAAAGAAAAAAAAUCACAAAAUCUGAAAGUACAAUCGAUAUUUGUCAUACACAGGUUAGAGAAAUUGAUCAUCUAAAUCAUCGAUGAAAGUGACAUAGAGGAAGAUUACAAAAAUACGUCUAGCGUUUUUCGAAAACCGGCAAACAAUCAAAGUUACACUAAAAGAAGAUUUAACCAGAAUCGCACUACAACAACAACAACCACUGAAGAAGAGAUAAUUUCUUUGAAAAGCCGAGUCAAUUACCUAGAAGAGGAAUUAAAGAAAUUGCAUAAUCUUAUUAACUCUUUUGUUAGUUCUAAUACCAACAACAAAAGGCAAAAUAUAAAUAUUUGUCAAUUAUAUAUUUUGCUUUUACUAUAAAAAAAUUUAAGUGUUUAUAUUCAUGUUGUUUAAGCAGGGACUAAGUGGUAGUUAUGAGUUGGAUACACACCAAGCAAGCUUAAGAUGGAUGUUUAGCUUUAAGUUCAGAUUUUUAUUUACUUUAUAAACAAUGAGAGCAUUUUUAGCUUUAAAGAAUAAUUAUUUUUCC